AUGCAGUUGCCUCUGCGCGGACGUCUUCUGUUCGUAACGUUAGUCCAUUCAAUUUUCUCGCAGUUUGGCGACGUUAUGGCGGCCUGCCUCAACAUGAUGAACGUUCCGAUCCGAAGUUUUUUCAACUCCAGCAUGACUUCCCACUACGGUCAGCUCUCAGACGCCGAGUCAGUUUCCUUUCAUUUCCUGCUCUCUUAUUCCAAGUUUCUCAGCUUAGCUUUUUCAACUAAAUUCGAUAAAAAUGUAUAAAAACUUUGAAGAAAUAACUUUGAAACAAAAUUUACAGGUUUGAGACGUACUUUUCGGCAUGCGCUUCAGCAAUGUUCGUGGGUCUGGCGCUGGGAUUUCUGAUAAUGGGUCAGCUCAUGGACUCUUUAGGUCGGAAGCAGACAGUCAUUGUCAGGUUUCCGCUUUUCCGUUUCCAGAGCUGAAAUGCAAUUUGAAGGUGUUUCCUGGGAAUACUCGGCUCAGUUUGCAUGUUCGCCUCGAGACUCGUCGACCGCUUCGAGCUGUACGUCGUCGGUCAUCUUCUCGCUGGCGUCGUUACCGGCCUCAAAGUCGUCCUUGUCAUUUACAUUGCUGAGUGUAGUCCAGAUAGCAAAAGAGGUUUCUGCAAUUUCUAUCGUCAGAAAAACGUUUUCUAGUUCUAAAUAUUGACACACUUUUUGGUUUUCUAGAACCACAUUGCGAUGAAAACUCAUCAAGGUAAAAAACAAUUAAGAAAAAAAAAGUUUUCAUAUUUUUUUUCUCAGAGUUUGUGAAACGAAAUAAGUUUUUUUACUAAAAAAAGGAAACUAGUUCAAACGUUUAGAAUUUUUUUCUGAGGUGAAAUGCAAAUUUGAGCCAUUUUUUUCCAAUACGAGGAGAACCGUUUAUCACUCAAUUUCGACUAAAAAAAAUUUUUUUUCAUGUUUUUUUUACAGGACUCACGGCUCUGGCAAUUAAUUCUGGUGGCGUUCUAAUGACUUUGAUCUUCACGCCCCUUUGUUUGCCCUCCAUUCUUGGCUCAGAAAAUCUCUGGUGGGACUUUUUCCCUCCCUGAUUGAUAGUGAGAAGGGUGUUAAGGAUGUUGCUACCAUGUAUAACUGCGUUCCUCGCUGCAGCUCAUUUGGCCUUUAUGGUCUUUUUCCCACAGAGUCCCAAACAACUUUACAUUCAAGUGCGUUGAGUGAAAGUGAAAAUCUUUUUUAAAAAAAUUUCAGAGAAAUAACGAGCCUGCCGCUCGUGCUGCACUCAGGUUUUACUAUGGUGACUCAAAAGAAGUUGAAAUUGGUUGGUUUUCACAAAUAAAAUUAUGUCUCGUCAAAAAAAAAGAAAACGCUCGGUUAUUCAAAUUCAUCAUUGUUCUUAUGACGGGGAAAGAAUAUCAUCAUUGCAUCAAUGUGGAAAGUGAACCAGCGACCUCCACAGCAAUGUGAAAGCGCACUGCCACUGCGCCACUCAAACUCCGCGUUGCGAGCGAGUAGAAACGGCAUAGAUCGGCGCUUCAGUAUAACUACUGGAGUUUUAAAUUUUUAUUUUUAAAAACCUGAUAGUAGUGAAACUGAAAUAACAUUUCAAAAAAAUUCCUAAUUGCAGAGGAAGCUCUGAAUGAAAUGAAACGCGAAAAGAAAAAAGCAGAUAAGCAGUCUUUCUCUUUUCUCGAAAUCCUUCAACACGAUUCGCACCGGUAUGAAACGUUUUUUUUUGACUCUCAAAAAAGAACAACUAUUCAGAUUUUCUUUUUUUCUGGUACUCGUUUGCGCUCUGAUACCAGUGUUUUCGGCUGUCAACGUCAAAAGCCAAUACCUCAUCACUAUGCUCAUAUCUUUCGGACUUUCUCAGUCCGACGUAGGUUCUGCGUUAUGAUGCUGUACAAACAGGAUUUACAGGCAACGACGACCUUGAUGGUCAUCUCCGGAGCCUCUCUUCCGGUUGGAUUCGUUGCUCCGGUUCUCAUUGAAAAGUUCGGCAGACGUCCCUUGUUUGUAACUAUCACCGUUCUUUGCGCUCUUGAGUGGUUCGGCUUCGCAUUGGCUCAGGCUUUCAGUGACUUUGAAAUUCAGGUAUGGAAAUACUGCUGUUCAAAAAAAUAUAUCAAAAAAAUAAAAAAAGUUUUGCUCAACUUUAGAAUUAAUAAAUAUUGAAGUUUCUAUUGCAAAGAAUUUAUGGUUUCAUAGAAACUUGUCUGAAAAAAAGAAGAGUUUUCUUAAAUGUGUUUCUCAGGUUUUUAUGAGCUGUGAAAACAAUUUCAAUGGAUGUAAGUCUGUUCUAUAAUCUUUGGCGAUCGUUCAAACGAUUAUUGAAAAAUUUUAUAAGAGUUUCAAAGCCGUUUUAGGGUUCUUUUUUUUUGUUGAUUUUGACUUCCAAGACUUCUGCGCCAUUAGAAACCUCAAUAUGGAUUAUUCGAGAACCGCAAACGAAGAUUUUUUAAAAUAAUAACCCAACUGUCGGAAGAAUGGAACUAACAAUGCCAAUAACAGACUCCUUUACAAUGGAUCUUGGCGGUGAGUGCGGCGAUCCUGGGCCAAAGCGCUUUGAACAUGGGUCUUCUCGUGAUGGCACCUAUUUUGAUUUCUGAAGUUUGCCCUCACAACAUCCGCUCAACUGUCUCUCAGGUCGCAUAAGUUGGGUUCCGAUACUGAACUUCUUGUUUUAGUUCACACAAGUGCCUCCAAUAGUGAUCGCCGCACUUGAGGUGUUCAUGUUUCCGACUCUACGGGCUCACUUUGGCUUCACAAUGUUCCUUUUUCUUGGAUCAUCUUGUGCUGCCCUCGCCUUCAUCCUCCACAUACAGGUUAUAUUCAAACCUUGAAAAAAAAAAUAAAUUUAUUUUGGCAGAUGCUGGAAACGGCCGGAUUAGCGGUCGACGAAAUCGUGCACCGAAUUUCGGCCAACCGCAGAAGAGCUCACACGGCCAUCGGAUGGACGCACUACGGGAGUCUCUGGGACGAGGAGCCACCUCGCUUUUUCCCGCACUCUGAGAGCUCCAGCCUCAUCUCUAAAAGCAGCAACGCUAGUUUCGUAGAAAUGAACAGCCAGUACAAGUCUAUUUCCAAUUAUCUUCCAUCUAAGACCUCUUUACUGACAAGUCCUUCUUGAAAAAGUUCAUAUGUCUACGAUUUUUUUCGCACUUUUCAAACGUUUUAUGGGUUUUUUGUGCGGGUCAGUUCAUGAUCUUGUUUUUUUGUUCAGCUUUAUUGAAAAACAGUUCUGAGUCUAAAUAAAGCCAUUGAUUUAUCUUUCAUGUUCGACUACGAAAUGAGGAAAUCUUUUAAAAGAGAAAAUUGGAAUUUUUUUUUCGCAGUCUAUUGGAAGGCGUUUUGAUAUUUUCAAUAACUUCAGAGUUAGAAAACGAUUACCAAAAAUAACCGGGGGCGCACAAGGUGGGUCCGAGCAGGCUUAUGCAUCAGGUCAGGUGGCCCGGGCGUUGGGCCUCAUUUUUUUGAGAAUAAAUUUGCGCGGGCUUGGGCCGGGCCGGGUUUCGAAAAAUUCAAAACUUCAUCAAAAAAAUUUUUCACCGAAAAAAAUUCUUUUUUUACUUUUUAAAAAUCUUAGUUUCUGUUGAGCUCUGAAUUUUAAAAAAAAUGAGCAAAAACGAGACUUUAUGCCGUGUUCAAAGUAAUUUCCGCGAAAUGCAAAAUGGUCUCUGACCCUCCAAAAUUUAGUUAUCUUUCUCUUUCUCUGACGGCUAUUUUGAAUUUCGCGGAAUCACUUUGAACACGGCAUUAUAAAGUCUCGUUUAGUUGUGAAGAAAACUUGAUAUUCGACUUGGAAAAAAAAAUGAGCUUUUUUUCGGCUGGUUAUUUUUUUCCUUGAGACCCCGCUAAGGCCAGGGCCUGAGGUUGAGCAGGCUUGUGCGAGCCCGCCACCCUCCCGGCCCCCCGACCAUUUCGUAAGCCCGGCCUUAGCGGGACCUCAAGAAAAAAAUGGCCCGCCCGGCCCGAAACGCGCAAUUUUUUUAAAAGUCGGAUAUUAAGUUUUUACGACAAAAAUUACGUUUUUUUGCUCAUUUUUUUCACUUCAAGUUCAACAAAAACUAUGAUUUCAAAAAGUAAAAGUAACAUUUCGGUGAAAAUUUUUUAAAUGAAAUUUUAAAUUUUUUUUUGAAGCCCGGCCCGAGCCCACGCGGGCUUUUCCUGUAAAUAAGGCCCAAAACCCAGGCCGGGCUGCCCGGCCUAACGCACAAGCCUGGGGUCGAGUCAGAUUUCGCCGUUCGGCAAUUUUUCUGCGCUCCAUCGCUAACGCAGUGGAAAUUUUUCCAUUUUCCUGUAGAUUUUCAAAGUUUUGUAUAUAUGCCGUGCUCAAAGUGAUUCCGCGAAAUGCAAAAUGCCCGUUAGAGAAACGAAAAGAUAACUAAACUUAGGAGAGUCAGAGAUCAUUUUGCAUUUCGCGGAAAUCACUUUGAACACGGCAACAAUUUUGUUUUUGCUUACAUGCCUCGUUCAUAGUUAUCUUGGUGAACUCGAAAUUAUCUCCGAAACUUCGAAAGUUUUUCUUUUAUUUUUCACUUUCCGACGAUCAUUUCAAGUCUCCUGUAAUUAUUUUCAACACGGAAUUGACUUUACCGUUUUUAACAUUUUCACUAAAGUAAUGCAUCAUCAAUCACUAUUAUAUAGAAAUAAUUUAUAAUUUAAAUUUGAAAUUAAAAAAGAACGAGAAGGUACUGCAAUUCGCUUCUAAUUUUUUUAUCAAUUCAAAAUUCAAACGAAAUUGAAAUAAAAGAGUUUAUUUACAGGUAUGUUAAAAACCGAAUGCGGUUUAUUUAUUUGUAUUGUUAUUAUGUACUGCGAAGUGUGCAGAAAAUCAAAGAAGAGAGACAGUAGGAUUGUCAUCGGAAGAGGAAGCCGUGGUUUCGCCAUUUAGCGGCUAAAUCGAAAUUUGGUAUUGUAAUGAUUAUUGUUAGAAUUUCUAAAUAAUUUUAGAUGCUCUCAAAAUAUCUUUCGACGAUUUGAACCCUGACGACGUUGAGAGUCGACCUGUAGAACCAGCACAGACCGCCGGUGAAGAGUUCACAUUGGAGAAAAAAGCUGUUUUGACUCCGUUCGUUGUUAUGUUUGAACCAUAAUGUGUUUAUUUACUUUGAAGAGAUGUCAAUGAGCAAGCAGAAGCUUUCUUCACUCGAGCAUUAUCGUUCCUAGAGCGAGGAAAAGGUCAUGGGAGAGAUGGAAAAAUGGCCGCCUACAAGCUCAUUGAACAAACGAGUCUUCUCGGCCACACCGAAUCUCAGAAAUUGAUUGGUGAGAGUUCUCAAAGUCUGCUUUUUGAACAGUUUCUUCCAGCGUUCGCUUACAUGUUAGGCGACUAUGCUCGCUGGUCGACGGAAGAGGCGAAGAAAAUCUUCAUGGAACUGCAGUCGACUGGCUCUCCCGAUUCUCAACUAGGUAGCAUCGAGUUUUUGUGAAUUUCAAAUCAAAUGGUUGUUUAAGCGCUGGGUUUCAUGCACGCGACGGGGAUCGGCUUCAGUAAAACCAAUCAAGCCAAAGCAUUCGUUCAUUAUAUGUUCUCUGCACUUGGCGACAACCCUCUCGCACAAAUGGCCAUGGUUAUUUUCUCUUUUUUAUCGGAAACUUUGAUUUGAUUUCAGGGUUUUCGAUAUCACGCAGGUGUGGGAGUACCGCAGAAUUGCGAGACAGCUUUGUCUUAUUACCAAAAAGUAAAUAUAAAACUGAAAAUUAGUCGGGGCUAUGACUUUGUUUCGAAAAUCUAUCUGUCUAUUCGAUUUUGUUUUGGAUAUUAAUAUUUGAAGGGAAGAAAAAUCUCCAAAAAAUAUUUAGGUUGCAAAGAAAGUAGCAAGUGGAGUUAGAUUCGCCACGGGAUUGGCGAUCCAAAGAGUUCGUUUGACUGACGAAGCGGUUCGUUGGAAUAAUGUUACCUCUGCUCACGGAAAGUUGGUUCAGGAUCCGACUGUAACUUCUAUUCCCAACACGACGCCUCUAGAUCCAAACCUACUUGAGUACUACCGAAUGAUUGCAGAGAAAGGAGACGUCUCGGCUCAAGUUUGUUGCUACAAUUAGUUUCACAUCACUGUUAAGUUCAGCUGAGUCUUGGUCAAAUAUACCUUUCUGGAAAUCGCGGUGUGCAACAGGACUACGAAUUAGCUUACAAGUUGGUAUUUCUUGGGGAAACCUCUUGGGAACCUGUUCUCAGGUACUUCUCGGCGGCGGGAGAAGCGGGAAACACGGCGGCGUACGCUUUUCUGGGGAAAAUGUACCUUGACGGAACUUCUUCCACACCUGCCAACAACAGAACUGCUUUCCAGUUCUUCCUCAAGGCUGCCGACAAGGUUUCCAAUUUUUUUUUCGUAUUUUAAACGAGCUGCUAAACUCAGCUCAUUCCACAUGCCUUCGAUUCGAUAGGAAAAAAGGAACCUUGAUAUUGCAAACAAAAUAUUUUGUGAAUUGAAGAAGAUCGAAAAUAACGCUUAAGUGAAGUCAUUGAAAAACUUUCUUGAUGACCAAUAAAGGACGUUUCAAGGAAAAUAAAAAAAAAUUCGUGCAUUUUGUUUUCUAAUCAGUCCUUAUCUCUUGUUUCAUGCAGGCAAAUCCGAACGGACAAGCGGGACUGGGAAUCAUGUACUUGCAAGGGCGUGGGGUGAAGAAAAACAUCGACAAAGCUUUCAAAUUGCUCACUCUGGCCGCUGAGCAAGGACACGUCGAUGGACAACUUUUUCUGGGCGAAAUGCAUUACAGUUCGUUCUCAGCCAAUAAUUUGAAAAAUUGACGCGGAUUUCAGAAGGUAUUCCUACCUCAGCUGGUUACAAACGUGACUUCAAAACGGCGCUCCGUUACUUCCAGGUGCUGCAUCUUUUUUUUAUCCGAGUCGUUAAUCAUUAUAAGCAAAAAAAGUUUCUUUUUCGUGUUUAGAAAACUGAGGAAAGUAGAAAAAAAGAUUUUUUCGGUCUACCAUAGUUCAUGUGUAGAAAAAAAGAUUUUUUCGGUCUACUAUAGUUCAUGUGAAAGAAACAAGGAAACUUCAUUCUAUGAUUGGACACAGAUCAAUUAUGCCGUUCUUUCACAUCGUCUAAAUACAAAUUAUAAGAAAGUAAAAAUGAAAACAAUGUUUUGAAGAAGCCUAUGAAUAAUUUCUUUCUUUCGAAACUUUUCUUUUUCCAGAUGGCUUCUCAGAAUGGCCAUGUCCUAGGAUACUACAAUUUGGCUCAGAUGCACGCAACAGGUAUGAGUGCAAAUUUCUUCACUUUUUUUGAAGUUUUCGAAAUAUUAAUAAGUAUUAUGAGAGUCAAGGGGCUGGGAAUGGCAAAAGAAAGUUUUCUUUGAGACUUGAAAAUCGAAAUUUUUGACACAUGCUGGUUCUUUUUAUUUCGAAAAUUUGAGGAACGGGCGUCGGGCGGUCGUGCUCCCACGCGGUUGAACUUUACAAGAGCGUCGCGGAACGGGGUCGAUGGGGCGAACGAUUGAUGGAGGCCUACUCUGCUUACAAGGUUUUUCUUUUACAUUUUCAUGUGCUUCUCGAUAUUUUCAGUUAUUCUCCGCAAUACGCGGAAGUAUAAUUAACUAUAUUAUUAAUAUUACUAACUGACGGAAUCUGUGAAAAACUUUCUUUUUUUAAAAACGACGUUUCUAAUGACAUAGACUAGAGUUCGCUUGAGGCUUUGAAGAAAAUUCAGAAAAACUCUAAAAUAUGUUUCCUCUUUAUUAGAAACCGAAGCAAAACAGUUAUAAUCGCAAUUUUUCCGAUAAGGAUAUUCAAACUUUCAACUCCAAAAACAAGUAUACAUUGUCUAGUGAGCUUUGUUUAUAAUGACAUAGACUAGAGCUCUGAACUUUCAAAACGCAUCAUCAAUUUAUUUCAAGUUCUCCUAGCUCCUACUAACGUGUGUUUCAGGCAGGACGUCUCGACGAGGCUGCAGUCAAGUACAUGUUCCUUUCGGAGUUAGGAUACGAAGUGGCGCAGACUAACUUGGCGUUUAUUCUGGACAGAGGUCGGACUGCUGUUUCUCACAGCGAAACUCUUCGAUUUGUUCAGGAGAGGCGAAAUCUCUGUUCCACACAGACCGGGAGAACAAUCUCGAACGGGCCUUCCUCAACUGGCAGCGGUCGGCCAACCAGGAGUACGCGUUGGCGCGUAUCAAACUCGGCGACUACUACUACUACGGCAUCGGCACUGCGCCCGACCGCACUAUGGUGCUUCGACGAUUCCCCGGCUAUCUGACUCCAUUGUUUCAGGCCUUCUCCAACUACAAACUUGCGGUGGAUCGUCACGCCCAGGCGCAGGCCAUGUUCAAUCUCGGCUACAUGCACGAGGUCGGCGAAGGCAUCACCCGAGUACGUCUUCUUUAUUUUAUACUCUCAAAAAAAGAACUGUUAUGAUUCAAAAAACCAUGUGAACCAUAUCUUAACAUUGAGUUUAUUGUUUAAUGCGGUUCUCGCAGACUUGAGGAAAUUUUCCAUCUCGGGCUAUGGGAGAAUCUUUGAUUAUAGUGGGAAAAUUUUCCGUUUGUACCUCUUUUCGCAAAAAAUCUGCAUAAAUUAGACGAAGCGAUUCUUUUAUAUUGAAAUCGUCAGAUUUGAAAAUAAUUCACACGUUUUCACAAUUAUUUGUUUUCUUAUGAGGAAGUUCACUCUUAGGCUUCACUGAACAACACAUGGAAAAUAUUGAAGUUAUUAACAAGCUGUAGCUAGGAACCGACAGGAGCUUGUGUAGAUGGAACUGUUGAAAGGGUUCAUAGUGAGGGUAUGCCGUAAUUAAACAUGUCUUCUGAGAUCUUUUAGAUUAGAAGCUUCUCGGGGUUUCUGAAAGGACAGAGACCUUUUCCAGCUUUAUUAUUGAUGUAGCACGAAUUGAAUAUUUUACUUUUUUCUCAAUUUCUUCUGCAGGAUUUGCAUUUGGCCAAGAGGUUCUACGACAUGGCUAUCGAGCACAGUUCUGAUGCCUACGUUCCAUCGAAGCUGGCUUUAGCCAAAUUGAACGUCGUCUUCUUUUUGGAAGAAAUCAAUCAGGUACGAUAUAAAAGUUCUACUAUUUUUUCCUUCCUUUGUUAUUCCUUUUUCCAGAAAAAUGGAUAUUUUUCAGAUGCCUGUCGUGAAGUUCAUCGAACAGCAUCUGGGCCCUUACUGGGACAUUUUUCUCAUGGGAAUCCUUCUCUUAGUCCCGUCGGCUAUCUUUUUCUACCGACAAAGAAUAUUAUGAUGAACUUUAUAAUAUGAUGUGAUUACAUAAUGAUCUUUUCAUGAUAUAAUUUAUUUUCCGUCAUCACUCUCGCCACUUCUUUCCCAUGUAUACGAGCCGUUUCACUCUUCAUUGUGAGUUCCUAGAUAAGAUUAUUUUACUUAUUGUUAAUUUAUUCGGGUUUCGACGUCUUAUUAACUUGUAUAAGUCAAUUUUAAUAAAAUCUCGGGGUUAUAUUUGAAUUUUCUUUUUUUUUUCACUUUUGCUGUGUUCAUCGGCUGAACUAUUCUAAACUUUUGAUUGUGCGGAAAAUGUUGUUUUACUAUGAUUUUUCAAUUCAGAUGUCUUCGUUGUUGCCCUUUACACAAAUUCGAACAAACACUGUGAACUUCUUCAUGAGAAGUUGCUCAUUUUUAGGUUUUCUUCUCAUAAUUAUACUUUCCAGGGAGUGGAGGAGAGCUCUGGAAAACCCUGACCUCUGUUUCGAAGUCUGGUCAAAAGAAAGGACGUCGCAAUACAAGACAGCCUGUCAGACCUCUUCAAAAGUUUUAUCGCAUUGGAUCAAGUUCGUUCGAUUCUUCCGUAAAAGUUUGAGCGUUAGAAUUUUCUACUUUAAAAUUUUAAGUUCUUAAAAUUUUCAAUUUUUAUCGAAAGAAAUUAAAAUAAUUUAUGGGAUUUCUCCGAGUAAUUGCUAUGCUUGAAAUUCUCGGUUUAACAGGUCCAAUGAAAGUGCAAUUUCCUGGCUUGAAUGCUCCUCUGGGAGAGAUGAGGGAUCAUUCGGUCAUUGACUUAGCCGAACAAACUGAGGAAGAAGUCAAGGAAUCCUUCGGAGCUGUUCGAAAAACUUUGGAAGAGAAAGACAGGUGUCGAUUGAAGAAAUGAAGUCGAGAAACGACUUUUUCAGCGGUCGGAAGAAAAGAAACCGCGAAAAGUUGCAUCCUAUGGAGCGCGGAUUCAGCGGAACUCAACUCGUCGGCCAGAAACUCGGUCCUCCGCCGCCCUCGGAUGGCGUCGACUACAGCAAUUUCGAGACCUACUGUCUUGAGGUUACACUUCGAAAAGCUUUUAUUUCGAAAGUGCAUUUUCGGGAUAAUACUCUGAAAGUUCUUUCUUUCUGAUUUCAAACCAGCUCUUCGAAAAAACAAACCAAGAGAAACUUUCUUUUAUUAAAAGCGUUAUUGAUUCACAAAAAAUACUCUAUGGCGGUUAUAAAUCUUUCUUUAGUCUUGAUUUUACUCCCCUUUUUAAGAAUCAUCCAAAUUUUUAAUUUUUUGCAAUACAUUAAAGUUUUUUCUAGUACCUGUUUGUGCAAAAAAAAAAAACACUUGUAUAAUUGAAUAUCCAUUAUCGUAAAUCUAUUUUGGAGAAAAAAAGAAUGUUUCCGAAAUGAGAAGUUCAGGUCAAAAGGACUUCGAACAUGACGAACGUGUUUGGCCGAGUGCAUACGAUGUCAGCCCUUGUUGUAACGGGAAAUGGAAAAGGCCUGGCUGGGUAUGCGGUCGGAAAAGUGAGCAAAAAUCGAGACGCUCGAAGAAAACAUUCUCUCAGGCCCCCAUCCACAGAACCACCACUGCCAUCAUCAAUGGCAUGAAUAUGGCUGCCAGGAAAAUGUUCUUUGUUGAGUUACACGAAGGUCGCACCAUCUUCCAGGUGAGCAGACGGAAAGUUGCAGUUAGGAGAGAAGAGAAGUUUCAAAGUGGGAAAACAAUUUCACACAAAAAUGACCUCCUCUGUCAGCAUUAGUGGCCAAGAUUUUUUCUAUCCAAAAUGAAUUAUUUCCCGCAUUAAAAGAGUUUGUCUGUAGGACUUUUACGCGGAAUGUCGUAACACCAGAGUUUUUGCACAACGACGGCCGCCUGGCUACGGACUGACUUGUCAUCCGCGACUCAUCAAAAUUUGCGAAGUUUCUUCCCUCCGAAUAUUUCAUUCUAACUGAUUCCUUGUUUUUAGGCGAUCGGAAUCAAGGACAUUUACGUCAAAGUCGAGGGAUCCACGAAGAAUUAUUUGGCUCUAACUCAUGCUUUUGUGACCGGACUUCUCAACCAAGAAACUCACCAACAGCUUGCCGAGAGAAAAGGUCGAGGAACUCUGAAAAAAAAAAAAGAAAUAACGGAGACGUUUUUAGGUCUUCAUGUCGUGGAGAUGUCGCCGUCGCGCCAUUUCUUGCCGCUAAUUGUCGCUUCUCCGAUUUCCACCGAGCUAAAAGUCGAAGAUGAACUUGAAGCCAUAGACGUCAGUUUUCUUGACCUCAUGAUUAUUUCCUUGUUCCAACACUCUUUUUUUCUCUCAUUUUUAGUUCUGGGUUAAUGUAGGGAUUUUCAUGCGAAAAAUUACUACGAAAUAUACUUUCACACGUCAGUUUUAAAUUUUCCAAAAAAAAUGCUUAUUUUUUAUCGUCAAAUUGUGGUGCUACAGGGAAGUGAGGUAGUAUGUGAUCAUCUCCAGAACAAGGUUGGGGUACGAAAGUUAAAACUAUCAGACAGGAAAGUGUGAAUCAGAUUAGGAUUUUAUCAGACAUGAAAAUUUAAUAGGUUUGUAAAUAUAGCGCGAGAGACUGUAUGUGCAUUAUUAAGUAGUUAUGCAUAGAAAUUUUGGUAAGAUUCCUCGAAAGUAAAAAAAAAAGAGAUGAAGGCGGAAAAAUAACAAGGCAAUUGCAGCGGUUGAAUUUGGACGACUUUUAUGGAGAAGGCCGAUAUCCUCUGCGCAAACCGAAGGAACUUCCAUUUUUCGCGAAUCUGGAAGGUCACUUGGAAGCGAGGUGGCGAAAGCAUCCAUUCAGGAAUCACGAGUCGGUAAGGAUCCGAGCUGGAGAUGUGCCUUAAGAAAAAAGAACAGGUCAUGAUUCGACUGCUUUCCGACGGCGUCGUGCCGCGGUGGACGCGAGAUGCGCGACGCUCUUGGGCCGCCGAGCGACACGAGCGACUGACGACCGGCGUCGAGUCGCUGCCCCUCGGCAUCGGACUUUCAGACAUCGUCGAGAAGAAGGAAGACUGA